UGGAUCGCAUGGCAUGCACCACUAGCUAUUCUUGGAAUUCCAAGUUUCAUCAUAUUUUUGGUCUUCAAAUGGAGGAGAAGGCAUUUAUCCAUGUAUAAUUCUAUUGAAGAAUUCUUGCAAAGCAACAAUAACCUCAUGCCUGUAAGAUAUUCUUACUCAAAAAUCAAGAAAAUGACCAAUGGUUUUAAGGAGAAAUUGGGUGAAGGAGGUUUUGGUCAAGUUUACAAAGCAAAGCUGCAGAGUGGUCGCCUUGCAGCAAUAAAGAUAUUGGGCAAAUCAAAAGCUACAGGGCAAGAUUUUUGCAACGAAGUUGCUACCAUUGGAAGAAUUCACCAUGUCAAUGUGGUAAAAAUGAUUGGCUUUUGUGCUGAAGGAUCAAAACGUGCCCUUGUGUAUGACUUCAUGCCUAAUGGUUCUCUUGAUAAACAUAUUUUCUCUACAGAAGACAAUAUUGCAACUUUGGGUUGGGAAGAUCUAUACAAGAUUUCUCUAGGAGUAGCUCGUGGAAUUGAGUAUUUACAUCGAGGUUGUGAUAUGCAAAUCUUGCAUUUUGAUAUCAAGCCUCACAACAUUCUUUUAGAUGAGAACUUCACUCCAAAAAUCUCUGAUUUUGGUCUUGCAAAAUUAUAUCCAACCAAAGGUAACACUGUGUCCUUGACUGCAGCAAGAGGAACUCUGGGAUAUAUGGCACCUGAACUGUUUUACAAGAACUUAGGAAGUGUCUCUUACAAAGCUGAUGUGUACAGUUAUGGAAUGUUAUUGAUGGAAAUGGCAAGCAAAAGAAAGAAUGUGAACCCAUUUGCAGAGCAUUCAAGUCAGAUCCACUUUCCUUCGUGGGCAUCAGAGCAAUUGAACAAAGGAAUGGAGCUAGAAAUAAGAGAAGCCACAGAAGAUCAAAAAAGAAUUGCAAAGAAAAUGAUCAUUAUAGCCUUGUGGUGCAUACAGAUGAAGCCAAUUGAUCGCCCUUCAAUGAACAAAGUCAUAGAGAUGCUUGAAGCAGAACUUGAGAGCUUACAAAUGCCUCCCACCCCUUUCCAGCUUUAUCCCCAUGCAACACAACAAGAUGAUGUUACAGAGAAAACCUAUCUUACAGAAUCUAGUAGUUUUUCUUCAUGCAAUGAUAUAGAGAUUGAAAUAGGGCUCCUCAUUGCAGCCCUUCUUCUUGCCAUUUCUCAUGAAAAUUGCAGUGCCAAAGCAAGCCAUCAAUACUUCCAUGAGUAUACAAUGGUUCACUUGAUGUCAUAUGUGUGUUGUCAUCUUGAUUCUCAUCAAUUUUGCUUGAACACUGUCACAAUUUUACACCCUAAUUCGGGAAAAUUCUAUGUGCAGGAAAUCGAUUAUAAUCACUCAAUGAUCAAAGUUGUGGAUCCUGAUGCUAAUCAAGGUAACUAUUCUUCACUACCUCUCUAUUCCCUUGGCAUUGAUAAGCUCACAAUAGACAGCAAUCCAUAUUACUUUCAUCCUGGAGAAGCUCAUCAUUUCCUAAACUGUGGAAAACCAGUAAAUGAUAUUUGCUACGUGGAUGCUUCCUCUUGCAUUGAUGCUACUAAUUCGUCCAAGUCUAAAAAGAGAAGGCAUUUAUCUGUGUAUGAUUCUAUUGAAGAAUUCUUGCAAGGUAACAAUAACCUUAUGUCAGUAAGGUAUUCUUACUCAGAUAUCAAGAAGAUGACAAAUGGCUCUAAGGAAAAACUAGGGGAAGUAGGUUUCGGCAAGGUUUAUAAAGCAAGGCUUAAGAGUGGUGGUCUUACUGCAGUCAAGUUAUUGGGCAAAUCCAAAGUCACAAACCAAGAUUAUUUCAGUGAAGUAGCAACAAUUGGGAGAUUUCACCAUGUCAAUGUGGUGAAACCAAGUGACCGUGCUUCGAUGAACAAAGUGGUGGAGAUGCUUGAAGCAGAUCUUGAAAGUUUAGAAAUGCCUCCUAGGCCCUUCUAAAUAUAUCCAUAUGCAACUGAAGAAGAUGAUGCUAAAAUGAAAACCAACUCCACAAACCUUUCUAGUUACUCGUCCUAUGAUGAUAUAGAGAUAGAAUCAGAAUCAGUCAGUUUAAUUGAAAAUGGAAAUUAAGCGAAAAGGUUGCAGAGAAGCCUAAUUAAGUAGAGUUUUCUUU